AUGAAAUUUUCAAUAUUUGUCAUUCUGUCUUUCACAAUUAUUGCUGUGUCCUCAUCUGAUAUUGUAUUUAAAGAUUCACACGAACAGAAUCAGUUCCACAACCAUAAUUCAUUAAAAAAUUGCCAAGGUUAUGAUGAGAACGGAAAAUGUUUGGGAGAAGAAGCUGAAAGUGUAGAGGAACCUGAUACAGAAAAAAGAGUUGGAUCAAGAUGCUUCAGAUGUUUAUCUCUCUGCCCCAAUGGAUACAAACGUGACAGAAAUCAUAAGUGCCGUAAAGUUUUGUGA